UUCAAUUUCAACACCAUACACAAAAAAAUAUUUUCUUUAAUUCCCUCUCUAUGGAUAAGAUAUUUCUACCAAUUUUUUGUGCUCAUUUACUAUUUUAUUUAGGGUUUAUCCAUGCUUCUAAACUAAUAACUUCAUGUAACCAAACCCCUUACCCGGAAAUAUGCAACUAUUACAUCAACACAAACCUCGUACAAACCCUAGAUCAAUCGGCAACAACGUUCUCCUUUCGUGAUCAAUCCGUUCUUGUAACUUUAAAUCAAGCAAUCAAAUCGCAUCAAACGAUCAAGAAUUUAAAUUUGAGAUCACUUGAUGAGAAAUCAAAGUUAGCAUGGAAUGAUUGUAUCGAAUUACACGAAAAUACAAUCGAACAUCUCAACCGUUCAUUGAGCUCUACCAAUUCAAUCGACUCUCAAACAUGGCUAAGUGCAGCCAUAGCUAAUCAACAAACUUGCCAAAAUGGGUUUAUUGAUUUAAAUUUAAAUUUAAAUUUAGACUCGAUGCCGUACAUGCUAAGUAACCUCUCAAAACUACUCAGCAACUCACUAGCUACUAAUAAAUUUUCUCAGCAAUAUUCUACUUCUACCAAACAAAUUACCGGCCGUCGAUUAUUGCUCGCCCCUGGUGGAUAUCCGUCAUGGGUAUCCGCCGCUGAUCGGAAACUUAUCGGGGCUGCUCCGAAAGAAGAUAUUAUUGUAGCACAAGAUGGUUCUGGUGAUUAUACGACCAUAAAUGAAGCUGUGGCUGCAGCUGUUGGUCGAAGAAAAGGGACUGGGAGAUUUGUGAUAUAUGUGAAAAAAGGUGUUUAUAAGGAAAAUGUUGAGAUCAAGAGAUCUAUGAAGAAUUUAAUGUUUGUAGGAGAUGGAAUUGAUGCUACUGUUGUUACUGGUAGCAAGAAUAAUCAAGAUGGUUCCACAACUUUUGGGUCUGCAACUUUUGCUGUCUCCGGGCCGGGUUUCAUAGCAAAGUACAUGACAUUCGAAAACACAGCCGGACCGGAGAAACAUCAAGCCGUAGCACUCCGUUCCGGUUCCGACUUCUCAGUAUUCUACAGCUGCAGCUUCAAAGGAUACCAAGACACCUUAUACAUACACUCUCAGAGACAAUUCUACCGCAACUGCGACAUUUACGGAACUGUCGACUUCGUAUUCGGCGACGCCGUUGCCGUACUACAAAACUGUAAUAUUUACGUUAGAAAACCGAUGAGUGGCCAAAAAAACACGGUAACAGCACAAGGAAGAAAAGACCCUAAUGAGAACACAGGCAUAGUUAUUCAUAAUUCAAAUGUGGUGGCAGCUUCUGAUUUGAUGCGAGUUUCGGGUUCUUUCGAGACGUAUUUGGGUCGGCCGUGGCAUGAAUAUUCAAGAACUUUGUUCGUGAAGUGUAGUUUAGAUGGAGUUAUUAAUCCUGCCGGUUGGUUACCCUGGAGUGGCGAUUUUGCCUUGAGUACUCUUUAUUAUGGCGAGUAUAUGAAUAUUGGGAGCGGUUCGAGUACCGGAAGGAGAGUUAAUUGGCCUGGAUAUCAUGUUAUAACACAGGCUACGGAUGUCGGAAAAUUCACCGUCGGGAACUUUUUGAACGGAAAUUCGUGGAUUCCGGUGACCGGCGUGCCUUUUGAUUCUGGUCUAUGAGUGAGUUUUUGGCUAGAGGGAGGUACGUUUGCGUAUCUGUGACAUGAUGAGAUGAAAUUGUGGUAUAGUCUGGGGUAAUGACUUGAUUAGUUGUGCAAUAUUGUAUAGUUAAAAUUAUGUUCCAUGUAGAACUUGUAACAUGGGUUUUGUGGUUCAAUUUCGUCCCUUCAAGAUAAAUAAUUAAGUGUAAUUGGUUUUGAAAAUGAAACAGAAUUGUCCAGUUUAAUUUACUGGGAGUGAUAGAU